UCCUUUUUGUGACGCGUCUUGCCGUCGCCUGAAGGAGGUUGGUGCGGUGAGGGAGAACAGCUUAGCUUUUUGUGAGGAGAAGGAGGGAGUGAGGGACGAAGGAGGCCAGGACUGGGCAAGGACUGAAGUAGGACUGAGUGGGAGGGGAAGGGCAGACCGGUUGGUGGCCGCAGCCCGCACCUGUGUCUGGUGGCGGCGUAAGCGGCGGCAAGGCUCCGGGAGGCGGUUACUUGACUAGGCCACAGCGGCCAUGGCUGUGGAGUUUGGGGACCACGCCAGCGGGUUCCGCCACAAUGAGGUGAUCAGGUUCAUCAACAAUGAAGUCCUCAUGAAUGGUGGCAGCCCAGACUUCUAUGUGGCCUUCCGCUCGCGACCCUGGAGCGAGGUAGAGGAUCGGCUUCGGGCCGUCGUGGCAGAUCCCCAGGUGCCGCGCGCCCUUAAACGGGCCUGUGCCUGGAGCGCGCUGGCCUUGAGUGUGCGAGCGGGUGCGAGGCAGCGGGAGCAGCAGACGCGCCGAGUCAGGCGGCUGCAGGAGCAGGUGGAGGAGCGCGAGUUGGCUUCCUGGGCUAUGGCGUCUGAGCUACAGCGGUUGCGCGACGAGCGUGAGGAUGCGGCCACACAGCUGUACUUCACACGGGCCGCUCUGCAGCAGGCAUUAAAUGAGCGUGAAAUGCUACGAGGAAGGCUGCUCCAGGUCCAGAGGUCAGCACAGGUCACCCCACUGGCCAUUGACAUAAUGCCUGUGAUGGGAGUUGAGCAGCAAGGGGCUGUAGCGUGUCCUCUGAAUACAGAUCAGCAGGGAGAGAUGGUGGUUGCAGGGGCACAGGGCGGACUGUAUUUUGAGACCCAGAUGCCAGCCCCGACAAGUGUUCUUUAUGUGCCAGGACCCCCAAGUCCCUGGGCCCAGGCCAUACAACCCCCUCUGCCAAUGCCAGGGCCAUACCCAUUACCAUACCAGGGACCAAUCCCAAUGGGAUUCCCAGUCUUGCCACCUCCACCACCUGCAGUAGUCAUGGAAGCAGAAGGAGCAGUAGUUCCACUUCAGAUGCCUCCUGUGGGGAUCUACCCACCUGGCCCUUGGGCUGCAGUGGGCUCCCAGGAGGACAUGGCAUCUCUAGGGUACCAGAGGGGCUACAUCCAGGAAGAAGGUUCUGUGGUCCAACAGGGGUCAGCCCCCCUAGGAGACAGCAGAAGCCACAGCCAGGAGGAAGGUUCAGAGAGGUCCCAGGGGGUACCCGUCCUGGACAACAGUGGGAACCGCAGCCAGGAAGUAGAUCCAGGGAGGUCCCAGGGAAUGUCCCUUCUCAAGGGUGCUGGGUGCCACAACCAGGAUGAUGCAGAGAAGCCCUCGGGGAUGGCCCCACUGGGGGACAGCAGAAGCUACAGCAAGGAAGAAGGUCCGCAGGAACCCCAGGGGAUGGGUCCCCUGGGGGAUAAAGAGAGCCAAAACCAGGAAGAAGGUCCAGUGAAGUCCGAGGGCACUGUCCUCCCCAAGGACAAUAAAAGCCAUAGCCAGGAAGAGGACCCAGAGGGGCCCAAGAAGACUGUCCCCCUGGAGAAGGGAAGCCACAACCAGGAAGAAGGUCCAAAGAGGCCUCAGGGGCCUCUCCCCCAGGGAGAAAGCAGAAGCUACAGCCAGGAAGACAAUCCAGGGAAGGCCCAGGGAAUGGCCCCCCUGGAGCAUAGCAAGAGCCAUAGCCAAGAAGGAGGUCUAGAGAGGCCCCAGGUGAAACCCCAGGGGGAUAGCUGGAGCCACCGUGUAAGAGAAAGUCCAAAGAAACAGCAGCCUCAAGGGCAGAAGGCCAAGCAACCAAAAGGGAAAAAAGCCUCAGAAUCUCAGCAACAGGAGAAGCCUGCCCCAGGUGGCAGUCCAGUGAAUUGGGUCUGCCCAUGGUGUAAAGCCAUGAAUUAUUCAUGGCGCACAGCCUGCUAUAAAUGCAAGAAAGCUUUUGUGCCAGUUGAGAGUUGAGGCGUUAACCUGGGACAAAGUCACUGAUUUCAGGAAGUUUUGCAGAUGGUGGAUUCCAGAUAGCUGCCACUGAUUGAUUGACACCCUGAAGAAGCUGAAGUCAUGAAGCCGCCUUUUUUCUCCACUGCCUUCUGUUUUCUUCUUAACCUCCUUUUCCUGAGAAUACCAUAUAUUUGUUUGUGAUUUUAGAGUUAUAAGUUGUGAUUUUAGAGUUAUAAGCUGUGUUGAAUUUUAGGAACAACACUUUUCUUUGAAAAUGCUAUUCCUGUUGUAGUGUUCAUGUUUGCUUUUUGUCAGUUUUAUUUGUUAUUUAUUUAUUUAUUUUUGGAGACAGAG